AUGGGGCCAUACGGUCAGCCGGGGUCAAAGGGCGAGCCAGGUCAUGAGGGUGAGAUUGGACCAAUUGGCCCUAUGGGUGAGCGGGGAACACCUGGGAACCCUGGGGACGACGGGAUAGGGUUGCCCGGCAAGGAAGGUCCGAGGGGUACACCGGGCGGAGUACUGUACGUCCAGGUCCGGAAGAACGACGACGUGGUUGUCUCUAGCUAUAGCAGUGCUUCAAGUCACGAGCCGAUGUCUGGGAGCGCAGUGAUGGUUCUGCAGCAAGGAGACACGGUGUAUCUUACCAUGCGCGGCAGCCUAGCAAUCUGCUCGAGUGUCGAGGAUUCCUGUCCUGAUAGAAUUCCAAAACGUUACUUCAAGUUGGAGAGCCCCUCGACAGAAACCAUGUUUCUUUACGGUAAUCCAGCGGUAGCUGGUUAA